AACCCUAAGUUUAUUUCUUUCACUAUUUUCCGCCCGAUCCCCCUUCUUCCUCUCCCGAUCCACUGCUGACCAAUCGUCGUGUCGCCCCGACCGCGAGACACCGGCACCCUGCGCCGCCAGCCGCCGUCGUUCGCCACUGCUGCCGCCCUUGUCUUCCUGAUCCGCUCCUGACGCGAGCGGCCAGACGCGGCCACCGCAGCCAGUCGCGGUCACCGCGGCCAACUCGCGGUUGUUCUUCACUACCCCGCACACGACGCCGCUCAUCCGACCGUCUCUGAGGAAGAUGACGUGAGAUCGACGCCGAUUGUAUCACUGGACGCAGCUGCCUCUAUUCGCUGUAUCGUUGUAAGGCUCUUUGAAGAAGAGAGAAGGGUAGAGGUGGAGGACGAGAUGGAGAGGGGGAGGCGUUCGGUUUCCAGGGUUUCAGUUGGGGCGUGGCGUCGUCCUUGAAACUAGAUUUCCGAUUUAUGUUUUUUUUCUGAUGAUUUGGAUUUGUGUUUCAAGGGUGCAUCUUAUUGGGGUUUUACAUCGUCGAGUGUUUAUAAUUGGAUAAGAAACCUCUCCUUUUGGGUUUAGAGACGCCGGCGUGUUGGAUUCUGAUGCCCUUCUUUUUUAGGGUUUCUUCUGUGUUAUUUGCAUCUAGGUUAGAUUCUGGUGGUAGGGUAACGGAAGGUAGGUUCGAAAAAACUUGGAUUUCACCUUCUAGAACAUUUGGUAAGGAAAACAGUGUUUUCAUUUUGGUAAGUUUGGGUCCGGAAGAAUUGGGGUUUUGGUGUGAAAUUGAUAUUUUCUUGCAUCAUUUGUGGGGUUUCUAUGCUAAUUGCUCUAAUUCCUAGCACAAUCCUUCGCAGCGUGAACACAUCAUUAUCAGCACUAAUAUACUCGUAAACACUGCUUAUGUAUUACUGAGUUCAGAAAGUGCUGACAGGAUCUUUCAUUUGCUUUGAAGGAAAAAUCACAUAAAUUGCUUUAAUGACGACAAGUAGUUAGCCUCAUACAUUAUCCUAAGGCAUGGUAGACAUAGGAAGUAAUCUACUGAUGGAUAAUUUGAUUAUGGGUUAGGCCUUGGACUUGGAUAAUCACUGAACCAAUAGCAGUUAUUGUUGUUUGAUUACUUUCUUAUUCAUGUUGGAGAAUGUGAGAUAUUUAUAAGUAACCUUUAAUAUCUACAAUUAGGUCAUCGAGACUCCCCCUAAAGCCGACUCAAAAUUAUUAUUAAACCCUAUCUUGCUACGAGUUAUUCAGUUUGAGGAUUUCUCGUAAUAUAGUUAGUAAAUCUGCUAACAGUUGGAACUAAAAAAAUGAGAUGUCGAUCUCCUUGGAUUGUACCUUAUUUCAAAAGUACUUUACACAUUUUUGAGUAUUUUAUAUUCUGGGUGCAAUUUUUUUUUCAUUCAUAUAGUUGAAGUCUUACAAACCUUAUUAUUUGUGUAAUAUAUAUGCAUUUUGAGUUUUAUUUUGAACAAUGGUAUUCAUGGAAGUAGUUAUUAUGUGUACCUCUUGGAAUUUGUAUCUUGUUGCAUAGUCGAUUCAAACUUAAUAGCAGCCAAAGAGGUCGGCAUGUGGUCAUUAUAAUAGGAGCCAUGCCAAGCUAAUCAUCAUAGAUAUCCACUUGUGUCAUCAUAGGUUGGCAUAGUUUUUCUUUCAAAUUUUGGUAUUUUCCAGUCUUUUGUGCCAUAUGCUCACUUUGUUGGCAUGCAUGUAUAUUAUAUUUUCUAUGUAUUGCUUCAGAAAAUUGAUGCUAUUUGUGCACUUUAAAGUUGGAUUUGCGCAAGAAAAUAACUAACUCUUGUGAAUAAAAAUCUUUUUUAUCUGUAUGCUUUCAUCUUUAGAGACAUCCAUGCAAAUCUAAAGAAGGAUAAACUGUAGGCAGGAUCAGCUGAGCUCUUAACAGAUCUUUCGUAAUCAGGAAUAUACUUUGCUUUUUUAAAAUAAUGGAAGGACAAUAGGGGAAUUUCUUUUAACAUGGUUUUUACCAUUGCAAAAUGUUUUAUAUUGAACAUUGUUUUUAUGUCAGCUUUUGCAACUAUCAGUGACCCAAAGAAAGAGAGGACAUACCAAUUGAGGAAGCAUGGAUGUUGAUUCACAGCCGACGAUGGAGGAAACUAUCAUUGUUGGUGAUGACCUUAUGAUGGGCCCCCCAUCACCUAUCAUUCCUCCAGAGAUUGCAUCUCAUGUCCUGGAAGGUGUAGACUUAUGCGAUCAAGUAUUGCGGAACUUUUUCUUGUGCUUGCAAAUCAAUGAUGUUGAGCCAUUUUGUCAAGAUGAGAUCAUCUUGUAUCAAGAGUGUGCUGCAAAGAGAGAUAAGGAGUUAAGACGUAAACUUUUUGAUAGUGAACGUAAGCUGGGUUUGUCUAUGCCCUUGGGAGAUGCAAAGGAACGAGCUGCUAAUCUUGAAGCACAAAUUAAAACUCUAGAAAGGCGUAUGAUUCUUGCAAGUGGAGUUGAAGGAAUGGAAGGAUUCCGCCAACGUUGGAGUUUGCAUGGGCGUAUUGAGGAUACCAAAAGAAUGGAAUCUUUGAAAGAGGGGAUCACAAAGAGUAAAUCGGAAAAUAUUCCAGAACCUAAAGUAGACCCAGCUAAGAAGAAAUGGUUCUUUUGAAAAAUAUUUAGUGUUUGUUCUCCAGUAACCUCUUGUAAGUUGACCAUUGAGUACAUUUUUAUCUCCCUUUUACCUACUCAAACCGGAAUACAUUACCUAAUAAUUGCCGGCAAGGGAUGAUAUUAAUUAUGCCAAUACUUCACUGUGUCUACCCAUAAUCUGCAACAUCUUUAACAAAAGAUAAGUUGCAUGGACAAGAACACAAUUGUAAUCGUUAGUUUGGUUUUUAGAGUCCAACUUAUUGUUCUUUAUUA